AUGGACUCUGCACGGGCCGGCGAGCGCGAGACGGCCGCGAGCUCCUACCUGGACGGGCAAUCUGCUCAGAACACGAUUGCGGACUCCGCAGCUUCAAUAGCACCAUCUAGCGUCAAAGCUAAUGGGGAUUCCUCCUCAUCGGAGAAUGGAAAGUCAAGUUCCCUAGAGAAGAACGAUGACUCCGAAUCGCACGGGGAACAUCUGUCAGGUGAUUAUGUCAAUCGUGUCCUCUCCCGCCGGCAAACCAGCCAUAGCAGCGACGGCGAGGACAUGGCUCAAAUAGCGAUACUGAUGUCCCGGAUGUUCGGCAAAGAGAGGAAAUCUGCCUCCAACGAAGAGAAAACACGACAUCUUGGAGUGGUCUGGAAGCAUUUGACAGUGAAGGGAAUCGGCUUGGGCGCUGCUCUUCAGCCCACCAAUGCUGAUAUCCUUCUGGCAAUACCCCGUUUUAUAAAAGCCCUCUUGACGAGAGGCAGGAAAGGAAUUGGUGCAGGGCAUCAACCACUACGCACUAUCCUUGAUGACUUCACGGGCUGCGUGAAACCUGGUGAGAUGCUUUUGGUCCUUGGACGGCCAGGCUCUGGGUGUUCAACUUUUCUGAAAGUGAUUGGAAACCAAAGAGCUGGUUAUAAGGAUAUUGAAGGGGACGUACGUUAUGGAGGGGCCGAUGCCGAAACAAUGGCAGACAAAUAUCGCUCCGAAGUGUCAUACAACCCCGAGGACGAUCUGCACUAUGCAACUUUGACUGUUCGGGACACUCUGAUGUUUGCUCUCAAAACCAGGACCCCAGACAAGGCCUCCCGUAUCGAGGGCGAAAGUAGAAAAGAAUAUCAAAAGACCUUUCUUUCUGCCAUUUCCAAAUUGUUCUGGAUUGAACACGCCCUGGGCACAAAAGUCGGUAACGAGCUCAUCCGGGGAGUCUCAGGUGGAGAGAAAAAACGUGUCUCCAUUGGUGAGGCGAUGGUUACCAAAGCCAGUACGCAGUGCUGGGAUAACUCUACCAAAGGCCUUGACGCCAGUACAGCGCUGGAGUAUGUUCAAAGUCUGAGAAGUCUGACCGAUAUGGCGAAUGUGUCCACGCUCGUGGCUCUCUAUCAAGCUUCUGAAAAUCUUUACAACCUCUUCGACAAAGUCAUGCUCAUCGAGGAGGGCAAGUGUGCAUAUUAUGGAAGUACCCGGAAUGCAAAGCCAUAUUUCGAGCGUCUUGGUUUCGAAUGUCCCCCUCGAUGGACCACCCCGGAUUUCCUCACAUCAGUCAGUGAUCCCCAUGCACGUCGCGUCAAAAGCGGGUGGGAGGAUCGGGUGCCACGUUCGGGGGAGGACUUCCAGAGACUGUUUCGCAGAAGUGACAUCUACAAGGCGUCCUUGCAAGAAAUAGACCAAUACGAGAACAAGCUUCACCAACACAAGCGCGAAUGUGAGGCGGCCAGAAAGGAGAUGCCGAAGAAGAACUAUACCAUCCCCUUCUAUGAACAAGUGCUCGUCCUCACACAUCGACAAUUCCUUAUUAUGCUGGGCGACAAACAAACCUUGGUAGGGAAAUGGGCUGUUCUGGUGUUUCAAGCCCUGAUCAUUGGGAGUCUGUUCUAUAAUCUUCCGCAGACCAGUGGAGGUGUCUUCACUCGAGGAGGCGUCAUGUUCUUCAUUCUCCUGUUCAAUGCCCUGCUGGCAAUGGCGGAACUGACGGCGUCUUUUGAGAGUCGCCCCAUUAUGCUGAAGCACAAAAGCUUCUCAUUCUACCGACCAUCUGCCUAUGCCCUUGCCCAAGUAGUGGUCGAUGUUCCCUUGGUCUUCAUUCAGGUGACUCUUUUCGAGCUGAUAGUCUACUUUAUGUCAAACCUUGCUCGGACAGCAUCGCAAUUCUUCAUUAGCUUUCUCUUCAUCUUCAUCCUCACGAUGACUAUGUACUCCUUCUUUCGAGCUCUUGGAGCGAUCUGUGCUUCGCUCGACGUCGCCACUCGCCUUACUGGAGUUGCAAUACAAGCUCUCGUUGUGUAUACAGGUUAUUUGAUUCCACCCUGGAAGAUGCAUCCUUGGCUCAAAUGGUUGAUCUGGAUCAACCCCGUUCAAUAUGCUUUUGAAGCCGUCAUGGCCAAUGAAUUCUACAACCUUGACAUUCAAUGCGUACCGCCAAAUAUCGUACCCGAUGGUCCCAAUGCGCAGCUCGGUCACCAGAGCUGUGCCAUUCAGGGGAGUACCCCAGACCAGACCGUUGUGCGAGGCUCCAAUUAUAUCAGAGAAGCCUACACGUAUAGACGAUCGCAUUUAUGGCGGAACUUUGGCAUCAUCAUUGGCUGGUUCAUUUUCUUCGUGGCCUUGACGAUGCUCGGUAUGGAGCUGCAGAAGCCCAACAAAGGUGGUAGCUCGGUCACCAUAUUCAAAAGAGGUGAAGCCCCAAAGGAUGUGGAAGACGCUAUCGAACAGAAAGAGCUCCCAGAAGAUGUGGAGUCGGGACAAAAGGAAAACGCCGCAAAGGCUGAUCCUGGCAAGAAUGAAUCUGAAAAUAAUGGAACUGAAGUUAAAGAUAUUGCUCAGAGCACGUCUAUCUUUACCUGGCAAGACGUUACCUAUACCAUACCCUACAAAAAUGGUCAGAGAAAACUACUACAAGGAGUGCAGGGAUAUGUGAAGCCUGGUCGUCUCACUGCCCUGAUGGGGGCUUCUGGAGCAGGAAAAACCACUCUUCUCAAUACGCUGGCACAGCGGGUCAACUUUGGUGUCGUUACUGGCACCUUCCUGGUGGACGGAAAGCCUCUUCCAAAGAGCUUCCAAAGGGCGACUGGAUUUGCUGAGCAAAUGGAUAUUCAUGAGCCCACCGCGACUGUUCGAGAAUCGCUCCGCUUCUCAGCACUGCUUCGUCAGCCCAAGGAGGUCCCCAUCCAAGAGAAGUAUGAUUAUUGCGAGAAGAUCAUCGAUCUACUCGAGAUGCGUCCGAUUGCCGGUGCCACAGUGGGCUCUGGUGGUGCGGGUCUUAACCCGGAACAGCGCAAGCGACUCACCAUUGCAGUAGAGCUGGCAAGCAAGCCCGAAUUGCUACUCUUCCUUGACGAACCUACCAGUGGACUGGACUCCCUGGCCGCGUUCAACAUUGUUCGGUUUCUUCGCCGACUUGCAGAUGCUGGCCAAGCGAUUCUAUGUACGAUCCACCAGCCUUCUGCUGUCCUUUUCGAAGAAUUUGAUGAUCUCCUACUCCUGAAGAGCGGAGGGAGAGUUGUUUACAGUGGUGAACUGGGGCGGGAUUCCAAGCAUCUGAUUGAGUAUUUUGAGUCAAACGGUGCAAAGCAAUGUCCUACUCAUGCAAAUCCUGCCGAGUACAUGCUUGAAGUCAUCGGCGCCGGGAAUCCUGACUACAAGGGCAAGGACUGGGGUGAUGUCUGGGCUCAAUCCCCUCAGUGCAAGGAACUCUCCGAGGAGAUCAGUCACAUCACCAGCUCGCGCCGUAACAGCGAAAAUCGGCAGAACAAGGACGAUGGCCGAGAGUUUGCGAUGCCGAUCUGGGUGCAGAUUGUGACGGUCACAAAGCGGGCAUUUGUGGCAUACUGGCGUUCUCCUGAGUACACUCUGGGUAAAUUCUUGCUUCAUGUCUUCACUGGCCUCUUCAAUACAUUUACCUUCUGGCACCUGGGGAAUAGCUUCAUCGACAUGCAAUCGCGGUUGUUCUCAAUCUUCAUGACUCUCACCAUAUCCCCUCCUUUGAUCCAGCAGCUCCAGCCCAAGUUUCUUCAUUUCCGCAACCUCUACUCAUCACGAGAGGCCAAUUCCAAGAUCUACUCCUGGACCGCGAUGGUCACCAGUGCCAUCCUCCCCGAGCUACCAUACUCGAUCGUCGCAGGAUCGAUCUACUUCAACUGCUGGUACUGGGGCAUCUGGUUCCCCCGCGACUCCUUCAGCUCCGGCUAUACCUGGAUGCUCCUCAUGCUCUUCGAGCUCUAUUACGUCGGCUUCGGCCAGUUCAUCGCCGCCUUCUCGCCCAACGAGCUCUUCGCCUCCCUUCUCGUCCCCUGCUUCUUCACCUUCGUCGUCGCCUUCUGCGGCGUCGUAGUCCCCUACGCCGCCCUCCCCCACUUCUGGCAGGCCUGGAUGUAUUGGCUCACCCCCUUCCACUACCUCAUCGAGGGCUUCCUCGGCGUCCUCACCCACAAGGUCCCCCUCCGCUGCGUCUCUCGGGAAAUGGCCUCCUUCUCCCCGCCCAGCGGCUCAACCUGCCAGGGCUACGCGGGGUCGUUCGCCCGCCAGGCAGGCGGAUACGUGCAGGACGCAGCCAACGGGCUAUGCUCGUACUGCCAGUACUCCGUCGGCGAUGCAUUCGCCGCGAGCUUCAACGUCUUCUACUCGAACAAGUGGCGCGCCUAUGGCAUAUUCUGGGCUUUUGUGGGCUUCAACUUCAUCGCCGUCUAUUUCUUCUCCUGGCUUUACCUGCACGGCGUCGGGGAUUUAAAACGGAUGAUCAGUGCGCGGAAGACGAAGAAGAGCGUGCAGUAG